AUGCUAACCAUGCUUCAGAAUCUCAAAGCCUCCAACAUCUCUAAGAUCCAGGUCUCUGAAUUUAUUCUGAUGGGAUUCCCAGGCAUUCAUAGCUGGCAACACUGGUUCUCCCUGCCAUUGGCUCUGCUCUACCUCUUAGCCCUCAGUGCCAACAUCCUUAUCUUGAUCAUCAUCUAUCAAGAGCCAACACUGCACCAGCCUAUGUACUAUUUCCUGGGCAUCCUGGCUGUGGUAGACAUGGGCCUUGCCACCACUAUCAUGCCCAAGAUAUUGGCCAUCUUAUGGUUCAAUGCUAAAGCCAUCAGUCUCCCGGAGUGCUUUCUGCAGAUGUAUGUCAUACAUUGUUUUGUGGGCAUGGAGUCAGGCAUGUUUUUAUGCAUGGCUAUAGAUAGAUAUGUAGCCAUUUGUCGACCACUACGCUAUCCAUCAAUAAUUACUGAAUCUUUUGUGGUCAAAGCAACUGUGUUCAUGGCACUCAGAAACACCAUAUGUACCAUCCCAGUGCCUGUAUUGGCUGCUCAGAGACACUACUGCUCCCAGAACCAAAUAGAACACUGUCUGUGUUCAAAUCUCGGUGUCACUAGUCUAUCCUGUGAUGACAGAACCAUCAACAGCAUUUACCAGCUUCUUCUGGCCUGGACAUUCAUGGGAAGUGACUUGGGUUUGAUUAUUUUAUCAUAUGCUCUGAUACUUCACUCUGUGCUGAAGCUAAACUCAGCAGAAGCUGCGUCCAAGGCCCUAAGUACCUGCACGUCCCACCUCAUUCUGAUCCUAUUCUUCUAUACAGUUGUCAUUGUCAUUUCCAUUACCCAUAGCGCCGCCAUGUCAGUUCCCAUCAUUCCAGUGCUACUCAAUGUACUGCACAAUGUCAUUCCUCCUGCCCUCAAUCCCAUGGUAUAUGCUCUCAAGAACAAGGAGCUGAGGCAGGGUUUAUAUAAGUUCUUAAAGUACACAUCAAGAGCAACUAAUGCAUAG